AUGGGGUCCAUUGGUUUGAUUGUAGGCAUGUUUAUGUUGUCAAUGAGGAGUAUUGUCUGCCAAGGCACAGUUCCAAUUCAAUCUUUUGUAGGAAUAAGUGGGUCCCAGUUAGUAAUCGAUGGAUCUCCAUUUCUCUUUAAUGGCUUCAACUCCUAUUGGAUGAUGUACCUCUCCUCCGACGCCAACGACCGCCAAAAGGUCUCCGCCGCUCUCCGGGAAGCCUCCGCCGCCGGUCUCACUGUCUGCCGGACUUGGGCCUUUGCAGACGGAGGCGAUCGCGCCCUCCAAAUUUCCCCGGGAACCUACGAUGAACAUGUCUUCCAGGGAUUGGAUUUUAUUAUUUCUGAAGCAAAGAAAUAUGGAAUUCGUCUCAUUCUUAGCUUCGUGAAUAAUUACAAAGAUUAUGGAGGUAGACCGCAAUAUGCUCAAUGGGCAAAAAAUGCCGGAGCAAAAAUCAGUGGAGAUGAUGAUUUUUACACAAAUCAAAUCAUUAAAGAUUACUACAAAAAUCACAUUAAGACAGUGAUGACAAGAUUGAACACCAUUACUAGGGUUGCUUACAAGGAUGAACCCACAAUCAUGGCGUGGGAACUCAUGAACGAGCCACGUUGUGAAACAGACCACUCCGGGAAAACAGUCAACGGAUGGGUCGAAGAAAUGGCAAGUUUCGUGAAAUCCAUUGACAACAAACACUUGCUGGAGAUAGGAAUGGAAGGUUUCUAUGGAGACAGUGUGCCAGAAAGAAAACAAGCCAAUCCUAAUAAUAUUCAAGUUGGGACUGAUUUCAUUUCUAACCAUCUUGUUAAAGACAUCGACUUCGCCACCAUCCAUGCAUAUCCUGAUAUCUGGCUAAGUGGGAAAAGUGAGGAUGAACAAUUGAGAUUUAUGCAGAGCUGGUUGUGGAAUCAUUGGCAAGAUGCAAGAAACGUAUUGAAGAAGCCAUUAGUACUUGCUGAGUUUGGGAAAUCAAGCAAAGAUGCAGGGUAUACUUUGAAUAAGAGAGACACAUACAUUGGAAAUGUAUACAGAGAUGUGUAUAGAUAUGCACAAAAUGGAGGUACAAUGAGUGGAAGCUUGGUUUGGCAGGCGAUGGCAGAAGGGAUGGAAUCAUAUGGUGAUGGCUAUGAGAUCGUCUUAUCGCAGAGCACGUCAACUGCUGGGAUCAUGUCAAGGCAAGCUCGUGCCUUGGGUGCAUUAGCUGCCAAUGGGACUCAUGGUUUCAUGCCUGCCCAUCGUCGUGGAACACCAUGAAAAGGUUUUGGGAAUUGAUGUAUCUAGAAUAUUGGUGCUUAUUUGAGAUCACAUGUUUUGUUAUAUCAGGUUCAUUGGUUGGUCAUAUUACUCCAUGAAAUGAAAGGGACACAAGAGUUCAUAUUGCUAUCA